UCUGUGGUCGCCCUCCCCCUUUCCGUGCCCUUCCCUGCCUCCCUCCCUCGCGCGGGUGUGCUGUGAGGCCGCGUGGGUCGGGGGCGGAGCUUGGGCGCUGGGCGCGAGCGGCUCCUCCGGCUGAGGCGGCGAUGAGGCGGUGAGAGGCGGCCAUGGCUUCGUCGCUGCCGGCCAGAGGGGCAGGGGACAGCGGGGGCGGCGAGCCUAGCUCCGGCGACGAAGGUGGCGCGGCGGCCGCCCCGCUGGGGGAGUCUCCCGGCCCCGGUUCCGACUCGGAGAGCCGUUCGUCGCCGCGGUUCCUGACGAGCUUGACGGAGCAGUUCGAGCGGGCGGCGCAGCGGGUGCCGACCUUGGCCGCCGCGGCCCCCAAGGAGCAGCUUCUCUACCUGUACGCGCGGUACAAGCAGGUAAAAUGUGGUAGCUGCAACACCCCUAAACCUGGAUUUUUUGACUUUGAGGGAAAACAGAAGUGGGAAGCUUGGAAAGCAUUGGGUGAUGCAAGUCCUGAGCAGGCAAUGCGAGAGUAUAUUGCCACUGUGAAGAAACUGGACCCAACUUGGAAUCCACAGGUAACAGAAAAGAAAGGGAAGGAAGGAAAAGCUGGCUUUGGAGGCCCAGUUGUCAGCUCACUGUACCAAGAAGAGACCAUCAGGGAGGAAGAUAAAAACAUAUUUGACUACUGCAGAGAGAACAACAUUGAGCAUGUCACCAAAGCCAUCCGAUCCCAAAAAGUGGAUGUGAAUACAAAAGAUGAGAAGGGUAGAGCUCUCCUGCACUGGGCAUGUGACAGAGGACACAAGGAGCUUGUCUCAGUACUGCUGCAACAUACAGCCGAUGUUAACAGCCAGGACGAUGAAGGCCAAACUGCAUUGCAUUAUGCUUCCACCUGUGAGUUUUCUGACAUCGUGGAGCUGCUGCUGAAGUCUGGAGCUGACCCUACUGUUCGGGACACGGAGGGCUACCUUCCUGAGGAGGUGACGGACUGUAGAGCAAUCACCUUUAUGCUGCAGGAGCACACUGCUAGCAAAGCUUAGCCAGAAGGCUAAGGAAGUGCAAAUAGCCCCAGCCAGCCCAGGAUUCUUAAAGUGGACACGCAUUGCAAUAAGUCCUGUCCUUCUCCUAAAUAAUCUUUUUGGUAUGCAUGAUGUAUGGAGAUGGGGACCUAGUGACUGAGUAUAUUAUUCUGGGAGGAGGAAAUAGGGCAAUGGAGCGUGUGCGACACAGGCCUGUACAUCUUGUAGCCUACCAGGCCAAAUACAGCUAUUCAGCCAUAUACUGUAUCCUGCCUUGUGCUUGAGGACUGCUCCCCCCACCCCCGGCCCCCCGCCAGAGUUCUAGAGAUGCAGCAAAAACAGAAGGGUUUUUUAAAAAAACAGUUUCUAGCAGCUCACUAGACACGGCUGGUGGACUGGGUUCAGUGAAAUGAAUCACAAGUUUCUGUAGGCCUGGUGCGGCAUAAAGCUCAUAUCACAUGCUGUGGAGUGUUAAUCAUGAUUCUGGAAACUGAGGAGAGGAGCAACCGAUCAAGACUGCAGUCUGUGUGCCUACUCAGGAGCAAGCCCACAACGCUGGGGUUUGUUUUUCCAAGUAAAUGUGUUUUUUUUUUAAACAAAACAUAAGUUUUGUAGCUGGUAGGGAGGGGACGGGCAGAUAAUGUGUGCAGCAGGGUAUUGUUCAGCCACCGCAAAAAAUCAUCUCUUUCUCUAACAAAAAUCAUUUAGCAGUAAAAGCAAGUACUGUCUCAUUAUUAUCAACCCCCCUCACUUGGGAAAUGGAAUUAUUAGUGUUUUCUAAGACAUUUUCUAUUGCCAGUUGAUAGAAGUGGCAAAAUAGAGAAGCUAUGGCUAUGUUAAACUCAGCCACUAUGAGAAUGGAUGGGAAUUUCCAUUGUGUGCAUUCCUCUCUCUCUCUCUUUCUCUCUCUCUCUCUCUCUCUCUCUCUCGCUCGCUCUCUCUUGUAAAGUACUGUCUUGCACAAUAAAACAUGUUGAUGAAUUUU